AUGAGUCCGAACUUGAAAGGUUUUCUCGACAACCUGGAUUCUCUCCAUUAUUUCAUUGAUCACGUUGUGUACAAGGCCAAUUUACGUGGGCCAUCUUUCAGGUUGGACCCAGUACUUAUGAAUUGAGAGAAAUUCUUUUAUUUUGGUACAGAUGUGAAGAUAAUCCAGAUGGAACUAUCACCUUGCACUAUUACACCGGCAGACCGGGUCUCUAUCCUAUCGUCAAGGGAGUUCUUCGUGAAGCUGCUAAGCGCGUUUUCAAGCUGGAUGUGUCCAUGUCUAUCACAGGUAUGAAACACAUAAUUUUUCAGGAAAAAGCAUCCUUUUCAAGGAAGAACUCAACGCAGUGUCCAAAUGGCAACCGGUGAAAGGAUUGAAGAACAUGUCAUCUUUCUAAUCAAAGUAUUGCUCUUUUUAUGUUUCUACAAUGAUACAUUACCAUGUUCCAGACUCAAAACACCGACCAAUCUAAUGAAGACGCGCUUGGAACUGCGUUGGUCCAGCACACUAAUAACUAUAAGAUUCGAUUGACCCAUUUGGACUUUGUUUCCACUUUCCCGUACCAUAUGGUCGUUGACCAAGAUUGCAAAAUAAUUCAAGUUGGAAGAGAGCUCUAGUAACUCUGACAAUUGUACAGAUAAUGAUAAUUAAUUGUACAAUUUAGUAAUCACAUUCCACGUGAUCUUCUAGCAGUUGGAACUCCUCUUAUGCGUAUUUUUGAAGUGACUCGUCCGCAGAUUCCUCUGGAUUUUGACAGUAUUUGCAAUUUCAUCAACGCUGUUUUUGUCUUGCAGGUCAAUUGGCAAAUCCCGCGAUUUUUUCAAUACUUCUCAACUUUAGGUGAAAACCACGCCUAUGGAAUUCCAGCGCAAUGCAAAUAAACGGGCAAGCCAAGUAACUGAUGGGUCGGAGUGCGAAUUCGCAAAAACCUUAAUUAACCUAGUCACUUGUUUUUAGAAUGGCUAUGGAGGAAAGUAAUGGCGCGAUCUCGCAGUUGUCUCAAAGCCAGCACUUAAAGCUGAAAGGCCAGAUGAUGUUAAUGACAUCUGGAAAUCAUAUUAUGUACUUGUGCUCUCCAUACGUUACAUCUAUUCCUGAGCUUUUGCAAUAUGGGCUUCGCCUUACAGCCAUGCCUUUACAUGACGCCACUCGCGAUUUGAUCCUCCUGAACCAGCAGAGAUUAUCGGAUGUCGAGAUGAAGUGAGUGGAGUGAAAUCCUGAGAAUUUGAUUUGCAGUAGAGACUUCUUUCUAUAGUUUGCAACUAGAAGCCAACAACGAGCAACUUGAAAAUCUGGCAAAAGACCUGGAAGUGGAAAAGGGAAAAACAGACGCACUACUCCGAGAAAUGCUCCCACCUUCGGUAGCUCAACAGCUGAAGCAGGGUCUCAGUGUGGAUGCAAGUGCGGACAGCUCUUUGAAAUUAAUCAGUUUGUGUUCAAUAUUUACAGGAGAAUACGAAGAAGCCACCGUGAUGUUCACCGACGUGCCAACUUUCCAACAAAUCGUUCCACUCUGUCAACCGCGAGAUAUUGUCCAUUUGCUCAAUGAGCUCUUCACCAAGUUUGACCGUUUGAUUGGUCUUCAAAGAGCGUAUAAAGUCGAAACGGUCGGUGAUAGUUACAUGUCCGUCGGAGGAAUCCCUGAUUCGGUAUUGGAGCAUUGCGAAGUAAUUUGCCAUCUAGCUUUGGGCAUGGUGAUGGAAGCCCGUACCGUGUGUGACCCAAUCACCAGUACACCCCUUCACAUUCGCGCUGGAAUUCACUCGGGGCCUGUUGUGGCGGGUGUCGUCGGCGCAAAAAUGCCUCGGUUUGACAGAAAUCUUGAUCGGUGACUCACUCUUAUUAUUCAGAUAUUGUCUAUUUGGUGAUACUGUGAACACCGCUUCUCGAAUGGAAAGUCAUAGUCCAAUUGGGCGAAUUCAUUGUUCUGAAAACGCGAAAAAAUGCGCCGAAAGCACCGGAAGAUUUGAAUUUGAACCACGUGGACGGGUUCAGAUCAAGGGAAAAGGAGAGAUGAAUACGUAUUUCUUGUUGCGCAGCUACAAAAGGUCGAUUUGGGAGAUCAUUGACCGCAGACGAGGUUUGAAAAGGGUGUGACAAAAGAAUUUGAAAUAUUUAGAUGAGAACUGCAAUAGUAUCGAUGGGUACCAUGAGCUGCGCGAAGGAUAUGUGGAUGAUGUUAUCAACAAGAACACCCAGAAAAACUCGAAGACUUGCUGUAUUUCUUAA